UCUAGAGACACAUGUGAUUUGCUAAGAUUGGAUACACCUAAUAAAUCAUUCCUGCCUACGCUUGAUGCAUCCCCAUGUCGGCACAGUCCUCGCUUACUUUCUAAUGGAUACUACAUGUUUGAGGAUGACAGCUACAACACGGAUGAUGAAGGGAAUCUGUCUUUCAGCCCAACAAAAUGUACCAUUUCCUAUAAAGAAAAUGUUGUAAGAAUAUUUCGAAGGAGACGUAGACCACAUGCACAGAGAGCCCUCGAUCUUUCAAAUCAUGAAAACCAAGAAGGCUGGAGGCCGCAGCUUGAAGAAGACCUUUGUGACUGUGAGCCUCUCGAUUUCAUCCAAACGUUCAAUAACUUUGCAGAAAGGAUUACCAAUUGCACUUCAAGAAGCACUAUUGGAUCAUGUCUUGCUGCAAGUGUUUCCCAAGUAUUACAGUCAGAGCAAUCGAAUCUUCAGGAACUUCAAACUUCUGAACCAUUCCAGGACAAUGGGUCACUAUCUUCGAUUUUCAAUUCAGAGAGCAGAACUUUUGAUCCCAGUAAUAAGCUCUCCAAGUACAGCAGAAGUGGAAGAAAUAUUAGAGAAAAGCUCUGUGUGCAGCUCUAUGGAAGGACGCCCAUGUGUUUAACAAAGGUAACAACACAUUUUCAGAUGACACAAAGAACCUCAUACCAGCACAGCAGAAGACAAUUCCUUUAAGUCUGGUUGGA